CCGCGUCGAAGCUCUGAUCUCCUGUACUCCAUCACUUGAACACAACACUCACUCAACACGAUUUCUUUACGCGCGCUCUCGACUCUCCUGUAACCGCUGUCCUCCUCGACUCUAUCUCAGCUCCACAAGCAGCCAUGGCCGACGUCGCCGUAGAGAAUCCGGCGAACCAAGUCCAUCCUCACAAGAAGCAACUACCUUCAUCUAUACCCAACUUUGAAUCGUUAGAGGGCUUUUCAACGGACGGUGAUGAAUACUCCACAUUCAAGAAGCUUCAGAGACAGCUAGAAUACAUUCAGCUCCAGGAAGAAUACAUCAAGGAUGAGCAAAGGAGUUUGAAGCGUGAGCUCAUUCGAGCGCAGGAGGAGAUAAAGCGCAUUCAAUCUGUGCCGCUGGUGAUUGGGCAGUUCAUGGAGGCUAUUGACCAAAAUACGGGGAUUGUACAAUCGUCGACAGGGUCUAAUUAUGUCGUCCGGAUCCUAUCUACGCUCGACCGCGAACUUCUCAAGCCCUCCUCGUCUGUCGCCCUCCACCGCCACUCCAAUGCUCUAGUCGAUAUUCUACCCCCAGAGGCCGACUCCUCGAUAGCAAUGCUCGGUGCCGACGAGAAGCCCGAUGUCACAUAUGCGGACGUAGGAGGUCUGGAUAUGCAAAAGCAGGAGAUUAGAGAAGCAGUCGAGCUGCCACUCACACACUUCGAUCUGUACAAGCAGAUCGGUAUUGACCCGCCACGCGGUGUACUGCUGUACGGUCCCCCGGGUACCGGCAAGACAAUGCUGGUCAAGGCCGUCGCGAACAGCACAACUGCAUCAUUCAUUCGAGUUGUUGGCUCCGAAUUUGUGCAAAAGUACCUCGGUGAAGGACCCCGCAUGGUGCGUGACGUCUUCCGCAUGGCACGCGAGAACUCGCCUGCGAUUAUCUUCAUCGACGAAAUCGACGCCAUCGCCACGAAACGUUUCGAUGCACAGACCGGUGCCGAUCGCGAGGUCCAACGUAUCCUACUCGAGCUGCUGAAUCAGAUGGACGGUUUCGAUCAGACCUCCAACGUCAAGGUCAUCAUGGCAACGAAUCGUGCCGACACGCUCGAUCCCGCCCUGCUGCGUCCCGGUCGUCUGGACCGAAAGAUUGAAUUCCCUUCUCUGCGCGACCGCCGCGAACGACGCUUGAUCUUCAGCACUAUUGCCAGCAAGAUGAGUCUGAGUCCCGAGGUCGAUCUGGACAGUCUGAUUGUGCGGAACGAUCCGCUCAGCGGUGCCAUUAUUGCGGCGAUCAUGCAAGAGGCCGGGCUGAGGGCGGUGCGGAAGAAUAGGUACAACAUCAUCCAGAGCGAUCUGGAGGAUGCGUAUGCCAGCCAGGUCAAGGGUGCGCAGGAGGCUGACAAGUUCGACUUUUACAAGUAGAGAGAGAAAGAGUAGACAGGGCGGGGCGGGGGAGCAAGGUUGGAUGAGGAGAGAGGUUCUGCAUAGACUUACUUUGAUAGCAAACAGCCUGCCGACGCGUUCCGGAGGCACUGUAAUAUACACAGAAUCAUCACGCACUUCAAUCGUAAUAUCGCCACCCCUUUCCAUCCCCAAAUCAAUCUCAGACUCGCGGGUGUAGGCCAAAGUGUAUCUUGCUGCUCAGGCGGUGUUCAAGUCAUAUUCACUUCACAUCCACAAAACCCGGCAGCUUUCAGUCGACCGAUCAAGUAAUCACACACAGACACAUAGACAGAGC